AUGGAGGGUCCCCAAAAGCUCAAUUCUAAGGUUGAGCCCGAGGCUUUGGCUUCCGGAGUUUCGGAUUUCUCGUCCCUCCACUCGAACUUCCAUUCUCCGCCGAAUGAUGGAGGAGUUGAAGCUUAUAGAGAGCAGAAACAGGAUGAUAAUGACAGAUAA